GCUCUUGAUCUUGCCAUUUGAGAACGGAAGAACUUUUUUUGGCGCUGACCCCUCUUCGGCCCUCAGCUAAUUGCCAGAAGAAAAAUAAUUUUUAAGUGACGGGUGAUCGAAAUAUUUGUUAUUUGAAAUGUCUAAUUCUCCAGCACGUGAAACUGAUGAUGUGGAGGUAGGAAUGAGUCUGACAGAUAACUCUCCUCCACCCACCCAUGGGGAGAGUAACAGAGUAGAACUUGAACUUCCACCCCCAUACAGUACAGCUGCAGCAAGAGGUGCCCCACCUUCAUACAGUUCUCUUUAUGGUGACAUGCAGACUGCGAAAGGGGAGUCCAAAAAUCCCUUUGAUUACAUGUUGAAAGUAUGGAAGCUGAUCCUCCGUUUAGCUUGUGUCACCAAAUUUAUGAUUGUGGUCCUGACAGUACCUCUUGCCAUGAUAAUAAUCGGUUCUGUGUUUUUUAAUGACUGCCCCACCGAUAGAAUCAUCCCAAUCGUCCUGAUAGUUUUAGGAGCAGCCUACAUCACUAAGACAUUCAUGGACCUGAGAUCAAGGUUGGAGGUCCGCAAUGAAGACGAGGUCGGGGCCAUCAGGAGGAAAGAUCUUGCCCAAAAGAUUGCAAGCGUAAUCUUGGGACUCUUUAUUCUUGCUUUCUUCAUUGCUGGAAACUACAUCGUCUUCAGUAUCUACAAUGUUGUUGUCAUGGAUGAUGCGGAGAGCCCAAACUACUGCAAUCCGAUCCUCUACAACUUUGCCUUCUGGAUCAUGAUUGUUAUCUACAUAGUAGGUACCCUGCUCUGCUGUUGUGUCUGCUGUGUAGCGGGAGUGGCUUCAUGGAGAGCAGAUGAUUAACUUCAAAAGGAAUCUGGUACCCUUGUUACAACUUGAAGUCUCUACGUUCUCGUCAUUGGCUCUCAGGUUAUUGGCUAUAUCAUAUCAUUUUAUGUUUCAUUCCAUUAAAUAGAACAAAAAGUACAGUAUGUUGACGUUUUUAAUUAAUGAUGUUAUAACUAUCUCAUCCUCUCUAUGUACUGCAUUUGGUGUCUUUUUAGAAAAGGCACUAUAGAAUAGUUAAUGUCAUUAUCAUGAUCAUCAUUAUUAUUAUUAUUAUUGUCAAAGUACAUGUGUGUUUAUGAUUGAGUACUGCAAUUCAUUUAAUGAUUUUGUACCUUAUGUAUUGCAUUCUUUGAGAGGAAAAAAAAUGCACUCGGCGAUUCUUGAUACGUUUGAUGUACAUAACAUUUGAAGUAUGUAUUUUAUAUAUUCAUGCUACUGUAUAUAACUUAUAUAGCAUGUAGGUUAAUAUAGGUUAUAUUUUACAAAGAUACCAAAUCACUCCAAUGUUUCACUUCUUCAGCUCUUUCAAGCCUUGCCUCUUUCAUCAGUCUUUGUGUGUUGAGUUGGCAUGGCAACAACAGUGUCUCGAGUAUGGACUAGUUUUAUUGCCUCCGUUUCAUGAAGCUCUUCUUAAAAGCAAAAUGCAAACUGUGACAGUCAGUUGUGAGAAUAUCAUCAUACAUUUAGGUGUUUAUUCAACUGAAGCUUGUGGGAAAUCGCAAUAUAAAAAAAAGCGAGCAGAUUGAAGAUCACCAACAAAGACGAGCACAUGUGGGACUGUAUGAUCAAAUUCUGGCUUGCCAGCACACAAUGUAUCCACUCUCUCCACUCCCUAGGCAAUAUUCCAGCAAGAGCUUCCAGCUCCAAUUGAUAAUCAUUCUAAAUUGGAUUAAGCAUGAUCCUUCUGGGUUCCUAUUUUACAGUUUGUGGUGAAUUAUAUGCAAUAUACCAUUUUUACUCAAUUUUUAUGGAAACUUGGGUCCCGUUUCAUUAUGUCAUGGGAACAAAAAAUACACAAUUUCUAUAACAAGUUUAUUAUCACUCAAUCAAAUCAAAUUAUUUCAGAAGCUCUAGACUUUAAAAAAAAAAUUGUUAUUAUAACAAGUUUUAUGAAUAUUGGUCCCAGACACUAGUGGGUAUCGUGCAAUAAUUAUUUGGUAUUUCUCCUUGAUUAAUUAUAAAUCACAAAUCAUAUUCAUUUACAAUCAAAUUGUAACAUUUCUGCCAAUAUCUGAAUGUUCUGACUGCCAUUAGUGAUGUUAAAAGCUGAUUUUGCUAUAUUACAUUUUUUUAAAUACAUUGACAAUUAAUACAAGUACUGGUAGUAAUAUUAUUGUACAAGUCUCAGCUUGUACAUGUAAAUGUAUUUUUUGAAAGUUUGUUUUCAUACCAAGUUUUAUGAAAUGGGUCCCAGACACUUGUGGGUAUUGUGCCAUAAUUAUUUGCUAUUUCUCCUUGAGUAAUUAUAAAUAACAAGUUUUAUUCAUUUACAAUGAAAUUGUACCGAAUAUAUGCAUUUUCAAAUUAACUUUUCUGCCAAUAUCUGAAUGUACUGAUACUGACUGCCAUUAAAUGUCGAAAGCUGAUUUUGCUAUUUUAAAUUGUUAAAAUACAUGGAAUGAACAUUUAAUAUUCAAGUUUCAGCUUGUACAUGUAAGGGUAAUAAAAAGCAGUGUAAUUGAAUUAGUUUCAAACAAAGGGUCCUGGGUUUAAUUAACAGCCAUGUCUUUGACUUUUUUCAGUCAUCAGCAUGAAAGUUUUUCACAUUAUUGCUGCACUCAACCCAGGUGAAGUGAAUAGGCACCUGGUGAAAUCCAUUCUUUGAAUACUCUGAGUGGCAGUUGGAGCCAAAUUGAAGGUAAUUUACAUUUGGUUCCAAAGACAGGAUGAAGUUGGGUGCUUUUAUCUUUAAUAGCUGUUGAGAUAGAUACCAUAAUGAUUAAGUACUUGUUUUGGAAAUAUUAAUUGAAUUUAAAGGAUCAAAUCCGAUUACAUUCAAAGACUAAAAAGAGGCCAAACUUUUGUAGUAUGCAUGAGAUUUGUUUGUGUUUUUCCAGAAUAUUUUUUUUUCUAUUUUAAGAGGCUAAUAGAUACAUAGAGGCUAUAAAACAAAAAAUGUUGAACAAGAAUUUUUUUUUGUAUGAUGAGGACAUUACACAGAAAAAACUUGUUUGCAUUUUAACAUUUUUUUUUCCAUACCAUAUCCUGGCAGACCAUGAUAAAAAACAUCCCCAUCCCAAAUUUUGAGGGAAUUGAUCCAUGAAGGACUAAAAUGUAGCCAUACUUAUCUGGCUCUAUUGAAAUCAGUAGAAAUUAACCUGGUUCCAAUUACAAACCAGGGCUGGUAUUCAUGGUCCGGGCUGAAAGUAUUUAUAGCUUACUAAAUAGAGUAGAAUUCACUGAGCAAAAUGCUGAAAAUUUCAUCAAAAUCGGAUAACAAAUAACAAAGUUAUUGAACUUUGAAGUUAAGCAAUAUUUUGUGAAAACAGUCGUCAUGAAUAUUCAUUAGGUUCACUUGUUCUUUUGUAUUUUAUUAUAUGAAAUUAGGUUUAUUCAAAUUUUUUCCUCCAGGAACUAGAAAAAUUGGAUUGACAACUGAUGUAGUGCAUUAUAUAUUUAUUGCUGCAACUUAUUUCAUUAUAAGGGAGACAUAUUAUUCACACAAGUAUGAAAUAAUGAAAAAAUUAUGAUUUUAUGUAAUAACAUAAGAAAACAGAAAGUGGGGAUGUGACAUCAUCAGCCCACCUAAUGAAUAUUCAUGAUGACUGUUUUCACAAAAUAUUGCUAAACUUUAAACUUCAAUAACUUUAUUAUUUGUUAUCCGAUUUUGAUGAAAUUUUUGGCAUUUUGCUCAGUGAAUUCUACUCUAUGUCUUAAGAUAUAAAUAUUUUCAGCCCGGACCAUCCCUUCAAGCCAGAAUUUUAAGUAUAUCACUCAGUGUUUUGUUUAAGUGAAAUACUUAUCCAUCAAUUGUAUAUUUUUGCUCAUGUAAAAGGUUUUGCUUAAAUCUAAGACAGUCACCUACCUGGCCUAAGUCUAGCUCGUUCACAAAUGUCUACUUGAGGCCAACCAUGCUGCUGACUUCACAAUGGUUUUAGAAAACACUUUGCUUAAAGUUGGCUUGAUAAAGUAAAGUUCUCAGAAGUGACUUGAAUACGAGUAUAAGUAAAAUACUUACUCAAAUGGUACUUUUAACUGAAUACUGGCCCAGGUUACAAUAAUUUCAGUAGGUGUGUUAGGUAUUCACUUGACGUUACUUCUAAGGCCACAAGAAAUCAAGUCAUGUCAAAUUUGGUGUGUUGAGGUUUUUUCACCAUUCUAGACUGAAAUGUCAGGAAUAUACUACAAUAUACAAAAAGUAAAUUGAUUACAUCAGGGACGUUGCUAAUUACUUAUAAUUGAUAUUAACUUAUUUUGUACAUGUGCAUAAGAACUAUUUUGAAUUAUAAAAUUUGUUUUGAAGUUAUCUGGAGAAUAGAUACAUCUCUAGUAACUGCUACUGCCUAUAGUGCCUUUGGCUUAAAAGUUUGAAAAAAGCAAAUGAAUUGAAUAUGUUUAUUAUCUAGCCAAUCAUAAUAUUCAAAGCUUGGUAAAAGGAGCUUAGGAAUAGCUAUGUACCAAUCAACAUUAGAUUCUUAAUUGUCAGUUUGUUUAUAUUUAAAAUUUGAUUGCUACAUAUGCACAUAACUGAAUACAACUCGGCACUAUUUAAGUAUCCAACAUUUGUUUUAUUGAUACUUUAAUUAAUUUGAAAGAAGAGUUUUCAACUUACUGAGCUCCACCCCUUGGCUUAAAAAAAAAGAACCCUAGAUCUCAUUCCAGGGGCAUGUAAAAAAGAUGCAAUCACUUGUUUUACUAAGCAUCUCUCUAUAAAGUCUAUGGAGAACCAUGUACAAAAAAGCAAUCGUUCAUGUUAAUUGUAUCCGUUUAUGUUACACCUGCCUGCGAUGACAGAAAGGGGCAGUGGUGUGUAUUGCUUUGCUAGAGCUGCCCAUCUGUUAACAGUCUUAACAUGAAGGUUCAAUGUCAGGUAUACUGUAGCAACACUAGCAAAGAAAGGAAUUGUAUGCAAGCAUAGAAUUCCAGCAAGUACUUAGCUUUGAGAAGUUACAUUGCAGUCUGUAAAUAUGUUAGUGAGGCUAACUGUGAUUGACAAAUGAUGUCACUGCAAGAAUGAGAUCUGAGCUUUCUUUUUCUAAGCAUGAUGAAAAUUAUUCUUUCAAAAACUAAUAAAAAAAUCUCUGAAACAUAUUUGGAUACUUUAAUAGCAACAAUUGAACUGUAUUCAGCACUGACUGAAUAAAUGAAUUUAUCUAUCCAUUUAAAAAAAAUAGUUUUAGUGGUCUUUUAAAAAGUUAGAUAUCUUAUAUUGGUUGCCCUUUUCAUAUUAUAUAAUACAGGAUCUGAUGUUAUACAAUAUGGUAGUUUUCAAGCAAGUUUGACUCAUGUUUGUAAAAACUGAUUUUGCUGGAAACCAGAGAUUGAAUAUUCCACUUUCACCGUCAACCUAUUAUAGAUGAACUGUUUUUUUAUUUUUUUUAUUUUGUGCCUACUUACAUUUCUAGCUGCUAUUUAGCAAGGUGCAUGUUAUGCGGAAAACACAUUUUGAUAUAUGUAUAUAAACAAAUCUUUACUGGUAAAUUAUAUUUGUGCAACAGUAUUUCCUUGCAAAAGGAAAUUAUGCAAUUUGUUUCAUAUUUAUUAUUUAAUUAAUUUCUGUGAAGUGCUUGGAUUUGAAUAGUCUAUCAUAUUGUAAAUGGUUUACACAGAGAUGUAACUCCAGGGAAACAUUUCAUGAAACAAGUAGUUUUCUAUGUGAGCCAAUCCAAUGCGAUGAUUUUGGUCGCUUACUAGUAUAACAAAUAACCAUUUAAGUCACUGACUUUUUUAUGAAAUGCUUCCCAAUAUGUAGACAUUGAAUGUUGUAGGGCAGAUGAAACAAUCAUAUCCAUCCAACCUAUCAACACUAAUGUAAUGAAAAGAACAUUCUUACCAAAAAAUCACAAGAGUAGAUGAACAUGAUACCUUGUAUAUUACUCUGAGUUUCUUUGAAUGUAGUAUGAAAAUGGCAUUUAAGAAUUUAUGUUAUGUUAUUAUCGGAUGUAAGUAUAAUUUUUGAUAAUGCUAUUUUGUACGUUUGAUAUUUUGAUAUAGUAUGGAUCAUAAAUCAUAUUCAGAAUGUUCUAUUACCUUUUUUACAUCUUGUAUUAAAGCCUUUACAAAAAUGAA